UGACUGUGUCAAACUACAGACGGAAAAACAUUUAAAAAUAAUGCAAAUACUUUUUAGAUCAGUUCCUAUUCAUUUGUGGUUCUUUACAAUAUGGAGUAUAUCCAAAGGAGUUCAAUUUAUUUUUAAUCAGGAACAAACAGUUUGGGGAAUAAUUUGGAAGAGGUUAAUUGAAUAUUUUGAAAACGAUGAAUAUAAAUUGUUUGUGGAUGGAAUAUUUGUGACUUCAUCUACAAGUAGUGCUUUAGCCGUCUUGAUAUAUAGCUUCUUCGACUUUUCUCAAAAGCCAGCAUUCAUCCGAAAAUAUAAGAUCAAUCCACAUACGAAUGAGCCACCAGAUUUCAAAAAGGUUAUGAAGGCCAUUUUUUAUUCUGUUAUUACUGGAAUUUUCCUCGCAAAACCAAUCAUCAUUGCUGCAUAUUAUGUUCUUAAAUGGAGAGGAAUGCCUAGCCUUUAUCCCUUACCAAAUAUUCUCACUGUCCUCAUCACAUGCUUCAUAAAUGAUCAUAUCUUUGAUGCUUUUAAUUACACUAUUCAUCGCAUCUUGCAUCAUAAAUUUCUUUACAAGCACAUCCAUAAAGUUCAUCAUGAAUAUAAGUCAACAAUUGCCGCUGCUGUCCUGUAUUCUCAUCCAAUUGAACACUUUUUUGCUAAUUUACUUCCAAUUCCUUCAGGAAUUUUAAUAACGAAGUGUCAUACAGCAACAUCUUUAGUAUAUAUCAUUGGACACAUGCUGUCAUCAACUAUAACUCAUUCUGGGUAUCAUUUGCCGUUCUUAAAUUCACCUGAAUUUCAUGACUUUCAUCAUAUGAAGUUUGAAUCCAACUAUAGCGUUUUGGGACUAAUGGAUUGGAUCUUUGGAACUGACAAAUCCUUCAAAAAUACAAUUUAUCAUAAACGUGAUAAGCUUUUGUUAUCAUCAAAAUCAGCACAUGAAUUAUAUCCAAUACAAAAGAAUGAAAAGAUGGAAAAACUUAAUUAAAAUAAAAAUUAA